CACCCGGUGUGGCGCCGGCCCGCGGCUCCGCCCCGCGCUCGCCCGGGAUCCCAGGCCCCGGAGUUCUGGGCGCUCUGCGCAGUUAUUUUCUCGGGGAGGAGGGGUCACUCGUUGGAAGUUGACCUCUUCGUGUGAGAGUGUGGAAGACCAAAGAGAGAAAAAGGGAUUGGUCCAGGGUCACAGGGUAAUGACCCUCUUGACCCAAGCACUUUGCACCAAAACAAUCAUGGGAAAGACAAGGGCACCCCCUCUUCCAACAAAUGGAAACAUCUCAGAAUGGCUGAGGAUGUGUGAGGGAGUUUGAAGAGGAGAGGCAUGAGAAGGAGGAAGGGCCUGCAGGAUACAGACAUCACACCACGUACACACCUCACCACACAUACACGCCACACCACGCACACACACACACAGUUCCCUGUGGCACCAGGACCAGCCUCGGGUGCCACCCCGGGCAGAAGGGCUGCCCUGGAGCUCUGCUGACCCUGGAUCUCUGCAUGAGCCCUCCUGUCCCGUCCUCAUUCCUUUUUUCCCUCCCAGGGCCCAACUGCUGUCACUUCAUGCUCUGCCAAGAAGGAGGGAACUGCAGUGACAGCGGGAGUAACUGAGUGGGAGGCAGGGCAGAGUCUGGGACCUAGGGAGGUAUGAAGAGGGAGGUGCCCAGGCCAGGUGACAGAGACCAGAGAGAGAGCAGUGGAGUUGGGUGAAGGGUGGUGAAAGCCGAGGCAGAGUGGAAACCAAAAGCAGCAGAAAAGGGGCAGAAGGCCGGGGUACUAGAGGCUGGCAGGGCACUCAGCCAUGUUGGGAGCAUCACGACCUGAGCUACCAAGUCCCUUACACAGCCUGGGGCUGCCUUUGGCCCUAGUGCUUCUAGCUGUGAGGGCUGGCUGGGCCCAGGAGGGGUCGGAGCCUGUCCUGCUGGAGGGCGAAUGCCUGGUGGUCUGUGAGCCCGGCCGAGCUGCUGCAGGGGGCCCAGGGGGCGCAGCUCUGGGAGAGGCACCCCACGGAAGAGUGGCAUUUGCUGCAGUCCGGAGCCAUCAUCAUGAGCCAGCAGGAGAGACCGGCAACGGCACCAGUGGCGCCAUCUACUUUGACCAGGUCCUGGUGAAUGAGGGUGGCGGCUUUGACAGGGCCUCAGGCUCCUUCGUGGCCCCUGUCCGGGGAGUCUACAGCUUCCGGUUCCAUGUGGUGAAGGUGUACAACCGGCAGACCGUCCAGGUAAGCCUGAUGCUGAACACAUGGCCCGUUGUCUCAGCCUUUGCCAACGACCCUGAUGUGACCCGGGAGGCAGCCACCAGCUCUGUGCUGCUUCCCUUGGACCCUGGGGACCGGGUGUCCCUGCGUCUGCGUCGGGGGAAUCUUCUGGGUGGCUGGAAAUACUCAAGCUUCUCUGGCUUCCUCAUCUUCCCACUCUGAGGGCUCACGCCUUUCAAAGACAGAAAUGUACCCCCUAAUUACUGCCUUUACCCUCCCUGUGCCCAAGACAGCAUCCUUGGGACAAGAAAGACAUCAUGCAGGUUGCCUGUAUCCCACCACCUUGCAUGAGACCCCAUGCCAAACACCCAGAGAAGAGAAUAGAAGAGAAGAGCUGUGGGAUCCCUUGGCCUGGCCCUUCUCACCCCACUCCCAUGCACAGGUUCCCUCCCAACCUCCCACUGCAUCUCUGUGCUGUAGCCCUAGGCCCAGGGCAAGGCUUGGCAGGGACGGAGGCCCACAGCACUACUUUGCAUUCCCUGCUUCUCCUGCUCUCCCAUCCCAGCUUCAUGCUCAGUGCUAUUUGGGGACAGGUGGCAAAGGUAAGCCUGGACAGGCUCCCACAGGGCCCAGAUGGACCAGCCUCAGAGAACCCUGCAGUCCUUCCUGUGGGCAGCGCCAGCACUGUGGAUCUCAGCCCACGCCACCGUAUGGUUGGGGCGGGAGGCUCAGCCUCCAGCAGAAGUGUGGGUAGGGCUACAGAGCAGUCCAGAGUCUGCAGCACGAAGGGGGCAUAUGCUUAGCUGGUGCAUAUUCUACAUGUGAGAUAUGAUCAUAAAAUAUGGAGAAUGUUUAAUUUUUUUAAUUAUCACAGUAAAAGACACAUUGUUAUUAAUCCCCUUCAAAAUACCCCACACACACACAUACACACACACAGCAAACACACUUAGCCCAUCAUUCUUGCCACUUUCUGAAGCAGUUCUGGGUGUCCUCUUUUGUGAGUGUCCUUUGUUGCACUUCAUGGCUACCUUGAUGUCCUAAAUAAUUGAUUCAAAACAUUUACUUUUCAUGGUCGUAUUUUCCACUAUGGAAAAGAGGCAGAAGUUGCCUAGAGCCAGAUUCGGUGAACAUGGAGGAUGAGGACAGUUUUUACGAGCCUGCCUUUCCGUUGGCCAGCACUAGGUGGCAGCAUUCACCGUACUUUUAAUCACCUCCCAUAAAGACACUCAAGAAAGAGGACUUUUUCGGAACUGGUUCAGAAAGUAGGGAGGACAAUGGGAUAUGUUAUGAUUUACUGCAAUAAUAUUUUUAAAUUCAAAAUUGACUGUGUAUUUUGAUAAACUCUUGUAUAUACCAGAAGCAGGGAUCCUGGCUGUCCAUUUGUGCCAGAUCCCAGAUGGACUCUGUCCUUACCUUCUACCAGAGACUUGAGGGUGUGUGUUUGCUCUAGCCACAGUAGAGCUGAGAGCUGGUGUACAGAGCUGGAGAUGGGAGUCGAAGGUCACACAGGGACCACAGAACACUUCAGUGACCAUGUGUCCUCUUGCUUAGCCAUCUCCUGAAACUGCUCUACUUUAGAAGUCUCAACUUCGAUCACUUCACAUUCUUACUGCCACCUCUUCCACUGAGCUUCUCACUGAGUCACCUUCCCUGUACCUGUUCCAGCCUGUCCCCAACACCUCGCUGCUUUCUCCUCAUCUGUGCUAUCAUAUUCUCCUUCUUAAGCUUCCUAGUACCUGGAAUUCCAUGAUUCAUCUCUUCAACUGCUCACCUGCCAGUAUCAUAAAUUCUCUGUCUCCUAUCCCACCAUUCCAUUGAUCCAUCAUGGAUGCAUCCAUCAAUACAUUAACUAGUGAACAGUAGUAGAUAAGACACCAGAGGCUCACUAGAGAGAGAGGAUGCAGUUUGAACCAAGGGCUACAGAUACAAGCCGGUAUGGUAUGUUGUUGAGAAAAUAUAUGUGAAAUUACAUAUUACAGUCAAACAAAAAGAAUUUAAUAAUGUUCACAUUAAAUUGGAAAUUCCAAUGUAAAUCUAUGGUUUAAAAAAAAAAAAAAUAGAAGGCCGGGGAUUUAGCUCAGUGGUUCCGGUGCCUGCCGCGCAAGCACAAGGUCCUGAGUUCAAUCGCCGGUACCAAAAAUAAAAAAAUAGAGCUGGGGAUGUAGCUCAGUGAUAGAGCACUUGCCUAGCACUGCCUAAGCACACAUGAGGCUCUUAGUUCAAGCACCAGCAAUACACACCACCACCACCAUGUAUGUAACGUUUUUGUGUGUAAAAGAACAACUUAAACAAAAUAGAUUAUAUGUGUCUCAUCUGCAAAUAAAGAGUUCAGGCAGAGCCGGGGAUUUAGCUCAGUGGUUUCACCGCCUGCUAUGCAAGCACAAGGACCCGAGUUCGAUCCCUGGUACCAAAAAAAAAAAAAAAAAAAAAGGGUUCAGGCAGUUCAGGCACCAACCCAGGGAGAUAGGAUAAGAAAUAUAGUCCUUAUUCCUGCAGCCACGUCCAGUUGUGAGUCAGCCAUUAAGGAAGAAAGGAAGAGUCCUCGCUUUGACAGCACAUAUACUAACAUAGGAAAAAAGGAAGAAGGGAUAUUGGGUGACUAAAAAUUUUUUGAAAUGUAAUUAUGCUACAUCAAUUUGUUAAUAUUGAUAAUAAAGUUGUAGUGCUUUCUAUUGCUGUGUAACAAAUUACAGCAAAGUCAGUGGCUUCAAACACCAUCUUUUUAUUAUACCAGUUUCAGCAGUUUGAAGUCUUGCAGAGCAUAACUGGAUUAUCUGCUCAAGGUUUUACAAAGUCAAAAGCAAGGUGUAGUAGUCAAGGCUGCCUUCCUUCCUAGGGUGGAAGAAUCCACUUCCAAACUCAUUUGGAAUUCAGUUUCUUGUGGUUAUAGAACUGAGAUUCCUAGACUCCUCUACUUUCCCAGCAACAACUGCAGCCCAGGCCUCUCUCAAACUUUGAGUCCCUCUGACCCAACAUUCUGCCACAUCUCUCUGACUUAAAUGGAGAAAGUUCUCUGAGAUUAAGGAUUCAUGUGGUUAAAUUGGGCCCUCCCCAAUAUCCAGAAUAAUCUCCCUAUCUUAAAGUCCAUAACCUGAGUUCUUUAUGCCUUUUGCCACAUAAAAUAACACAUUCACAGGUUCUAGGGAUUAGGACAGGGACAUGUCUGAUGCAUCUGUGUAUCACAGUCUUUAACUCACAGAUGACACCUCCUAGAGAAAAAGCAUGCAGUACAAUGCACUAAAUGCAUGGAAAAUGUGCAGCUUGGAAAUUCCUAUGAUAUGCCAGAUACAUACUGGCUCAGAUUUUAAUCAUCUUAAAAAUCAAAUCUAUUUUCAGGUUCCAAAUAAGAAUUCAUUGAUUAUUCUAACUUUUCAUCAGCACUGAUUUGAUUUGAGAUGAUGUUCUUCUGUCUGACAGCCAAAUUCAAGAAUUGUUCUGAAGUGAGAUAGUAUCCAUCUCUAGAGUCAACACCCACUUUUAUAAUGGACUUAAGUAUACUUUAAAAUUUGUAUGAUCUUUGUAAUGAUGGCUUUGAUUUACUGAAAUGUAUGAACCUUUUAGUGGACUUGAUAUAUUAGACUGCAGGGUCAAUUGAAAUGUUUAGGAGGAUUUGAUUAAAUUUGUAAUCAGCGUUAAAACAAUUUGACUUGUUUAGUUUGUUCGUUAUUUAAAUAGGGUUUACAUGCUUAGACAGUUUUUGCUUAAGAAGGUUUGUGAAACACGGAGAUUAAAUAAUAAAUAAAUCACAA